AUGUCGCAAGCAGGCCAAGAGACAAUCAGCAUAUACCACCCGAAAGUGCUUCUUCUAUCGGGCGGUGUGACUGCGGGCGCGUUCUUUUCAUUCCGAUUCUAUGGCCGGUUCAUACGACGCAGGAGAACUUACUUGGACUUGACGCCAAGGAUUUUGGAUGGACAACAAAAACUUCGAGGCAGGGUGACCAGAGUGGGCGAUGGCGAUAACUUCCGAUUCUACCACACGCCCGGAGGCGCGUUGAUGGGGUGGGGCUGGGCUCGCAAGGUUCCCGAAAAGAGAAAGGACUUGAAGAAUGAGACUUUGAUGAUAAGAUUGUGUGGUGUCGAUGCUCCCGAAAGAGCCCAUUUUGGAAACCCGUCUCAGCCUUUCUCCGAAGAGGCACUAUGGUGGCUACAGAAGUAUUUGAUGGGCAGGUCGGUGACCAUCACGCCCUACUCAAUAGAUCAAUACAAGCGCGUGGUGGCGCGAGCCCAGGUUUGGAAGCUCACCGGGAAAAAAGACGUCAGUGCCGAGAUGUUGCGAAAUGGGUUGGCUGUCGUAUACGAGGCAAACCAAGGCGCAGAAUACGGCGAAAACGAGCACUGGUACCGGAAGCUUGAAGCAAAGGCAAAGGCCAAAAAGCGAGGCCUAUGGUCCCAGGGCCGCAAGCUAGUCACUCCUGGCGAUUUCAAGAAAAACAACUAA